AUGAGGACCUCCGCCCCUUGGAGUAGCAUCUGCUUUGUAGUCUCGGUCUUCGCCGCCCCUUCUGUAAACACCUUUGAGACCUCCUCUUUUGCUGCACAUGAUGUGAUCACCCGUGAUUUUGUGAUUGUUGGCGGUGGUGCUGCUGGCACCUAUGCUGCCGUGGCUCUCAAAGACGAGGGAAAAUCCUUUGUUGUGGUCGAGAAGACCAACAGGCUCGGCGGCCAUGUCGCAACUUAUCAAGACCCAACUACCGGGGCAUCCGUGGACUAUGGUGUGCAGAUCUAUGACAAUGAUACAAUUGUUCGCAACUUCUUCGAGCGCCUCAACACGCCGCUCGCGCAAUUCGAUAUGGCCAACUUCGGUAGUCCCAUUUAUGCAGACUUCAAGACCGGGAACCUGCUCAACCUCACCACUGGGUCUCUAGGCCAAGACUACUUGGAGGAGUUAACUGAGUAUUCGUAUCUCAAUGAUGGUAUUGAUUUGCCCGAUCCGGUGCCAGAGGAUCUGCUACUUCCGUGGGUGGACUACAUCGCAAAACACAACCUGGAGGACUCUGCGAUGGCGACCUUGGCCCGCCCUGCCAUCCCUGGUAACCUCCUUGACAUUCCAGCUCUGUAUGUCUUCAACGAUCUCAAUGAUCUAAUGUUACACGAAGAGAAUGGUGGUGCCGUUGUCAAUGGCAAGCGCGACAACUCCCAACUGUAUCGGAACGCGCUAGCUGAACUUAAGUCGAAUGUUCUUCUGAACUCAACAGUUAUUGCCGGAGACCGCGGUAGCAACCAUCGUCAAGGGGUGCGCCUUGUUGUACAAACUCCCACUGGCAAGAAGCUCAUCUUGGCGAAGCAACUUCUUGUUGCCAUUCCUCAGACAAUCCAGAACAUGAAGACUUUUGGCCUCGACAAUCGCGAGAAGGGCAUUCUCUCCCAGAUCUAUGGGCUGCCUUACUAUGGUGGCGUCGUCAAAAACACCGGCCUUGCCAGUGGAUUCAGCUACAAGAAUUAUGCUGCCAACAACACCUACAAUAUUGCCGAAAUCCCAUCUGUGGUUGAGUUCAACCCAUCUCCGGUCGAUGAGCAUUUAUAUUACUGGUAUAAUAGUGCGAAACCAGUCAGUCAAAAGCGCAUUGAGGCAGAUGCCCGGAAUGCCAUCAAGACACUUCAGAAACUCACUGGUGCUGCCACUCAACCCGAGCCCCAGUUUGUUGCUUUCACUGAUUUUGGGCCAUUCCAUCUUGCGGCCGAAGUGGAUGAUAUCAGGAAUGGGUUCUAUCGUGAUGCGUACGCCCUUCAGGGUCACCGCAACACGUGGUAUAUUGGAACUUUGUUUGUCACCGGUUCUAGUCAGGUCUGGAACAACACGGCAAUUAUGCUGCCGGAUAUCCUUGCGGCUGCCCACUGA